AUGGUCGACGCAAAGUCUGUCAUAUCCAUCGCUCCCGACCCAAAGGUCGCCAUCAUCUCAGCCAUGCUCAAACACCCAGACGACCUCUCCACCCUCGUUGCUCUCCGCCAAAAGCUCAUCCGCGAAAAGGCCAUCGUCGACCAGCAGCUCAAGAUUGGCGUCCAGAACCAGAUGGAGGAGACCAAGGAGGCACUCGACAUCCUGGGUACCACCAAGGAGCAGGUCCUAGGAGUCCGCUCCAACAUGAAGAACAUCGACUCGCUCUGCAAGGAUGCUCAGGGUCUUAUUACCGACUACCCACGUAUCCGCAAGAUUUCUCAAACACACCAGAACUUUGUCGCGACAGAGACGCUCGUCAACAACUUCCAGGAGCUGCAUCAGGAUCUGGACAGGAUAAAGAGCAUGAUGCGCGACGAUAUGAAGAACGUCCUUGGACCAGCGCCCAACCUCCUCCUCGUCCAUUACCAGCUCUACAAACUCGAGAACCUCAGAAACACAACCAUGCACAUGGCCAAGGACGAGUCUCUGGAUGUCAAGGUCACUCUCAAGGAGUACUUUGGCCGCCUCGAUCAGGUUAUUGAGGAAUUUGAAAAGUAUCUUUGGGAGCUGUCGCGCAACAUGAUCGACCUUAUCAAGAACAAACAGGGCGCCGUAAUUGUCCGCCUCAUCAAGAUCAUCGAGAGCGAGGAGGCUGCGGAUGCCAAGUCUGUCUCGACAAAGACGGAGCGCCGAGCGUCGCGUCAGGGCCUGGGUAACAAAAAGUCCGACAAACCAUCCAGGGAAGCCAAGUCGCUGCGGAGCAAGUUCUUUGAUGUCCUUCAUGACGAGGUCUCGCGCAAGUUCAACCUUCUGAUGGACCGCGUUGACAAGGAACCUAUCGAAUGUCUGGAGGCGACCGACUUUGUCUUCCCAGAUCUGGCACUGGUCUACGACGACUUGGUCCCCCGUUCGCCUUCCAAUUACAAGAUUUUCCCUUUCUUUGUUCUGGAGUACCACCGACACGUCUACGAACUCGUCAACAAGAUUGUCACCUCGCCGGAGCUGGACGGCGGACGUAUCUUGCACCUGCUGCGCUGGGUCCGGGAGUACUAUGCCAGCAUGAACCACCAACUGGGUGUCACGGAAGAGUUGCUGGAGCCUCAAUUGUUGGACGGAAACGAGCAAGGAUUGCUGGACGAGUAUUUGAAGCUAGUCAGGACCAACCUUGUCAAAUGGACCAACAACAUGAUGAACACAGCUUCGAACGAGUUCACAGAGAGGACAGCCGCCCCUGCAACAGACUCGGACAAAUUGUAUCACAUGCAGACCGCCAGUCUGAUGUUCGAGAUGGUCAAUCAGCAAGUGACUUUGGCGUCCGAUUCUCAGCAGGGCACAGUCAUAGAGCAGGUUAUUAGGGAGUGCAUCCAGGUCAUGAAGGAUUACCAGCAGCGGUGGAAGGAUCUCGUUUCGGCCGAGAUGAAGAAGCAGAUCGAGUCACCAACAACAACACCACCCGGACUGGCAGAGUACAUCAUGGCAGCAACAAACGACCAGAUCAAGUGUGCCGAGUUUGCGGACGCUGUGCUGCAGAGGAUGGAGUCGGAGAACCUGAUCAAGAACCGCAAGAACUUUGAGUCGGCACGGGAUCUGUUAAAUGAGACUAUGGACGACUUUUUCGAUGUUGCGACCCACGGCGCCAACGCACUUCUGGAUCUGGCGUUUAACGAUGUCAAGGAACCCUUUUCCAAGCUUCACACAUCAACUUGGUACGAGGAGGACCCAAUGGGUCUGAUCGUGGCGACACUCAGGGAUUACAACGAUGAUUUCAGGGUGCAUCUGAACGACUACAUGUUCAACAAGCUGAUCGACUGGAUGUUGGAGCGGCUGAUGAUUGCCCAGAUGGACGCCCUUCGUAACCGUGGAGCCCGACUCAAAUUUCCAGCCUGCACGGAACGACUUGAGCAAGAUCGCGCAGCUGUGUUCAACUUUUUCGCGGACUACAAGAACCCCAAGGACCUGGAGGACGACUUUGAUGCGAUUGAGCAGUUGCACAAAUUUACUUGCAGCACCAAGAGGACGGCGUACAUCAACUUUUAUUCGAUGAAGCGCAUCUACCACGACUUGCCGAUCUCGUUGGUGGAGGAUAUCCUGGGACGGAGGGAUGACAUGGACCGGUCGAGCAUCAAGGAAGUCAUGGACCCCAUUAAGGAAAAGUUCAAAGACAAGGACCCUAUCGAUGCUACACGCUCGGCUACUAUCUUUAGCAAGGUCAAGCAAUAA